GCUGGGUUUGUCUCUAGAGAAUACCGAAUUUUCUGAGCUUGAUGUUAGGAGUUGUGUCGAUGACUCGAGGUUAGUUGAUGGUACUGAUAUGGCCGAGGUCUUACGUUUGAAACAGGAUCUCGACCGGCUGGUCUGUGUCCCUUUGGAUAGGAACCCCGGUGACACAUUGGUGAUGUGUCCGGUCACCUAUGUGGAAGUUAUGCGUAGCACCUUCGUUUGCAAUGAAGGCUACAAGAUCAUACGGAAGGGGGAGAGACAGGUUCUCCGGGAAUGGGGUAUGGAUUUUCAGCAUGUCGACUUCAGGCAACUCGGGAGAUGGAAGAAUGAUGGGAGACUUGGCGCGGCAUACGCAUUGCCCAAGCAUAAGGACACUGAGAAGUAUCGGCCGAUCUGCCCGGCUUACCAAGAGCCCUCAAUUUUGUUGUGCAAGAAGAUUGCGCAAGCGAUGAAUGGCAUGUUAUUUGGCCUUCCAGCAAGUGGGCACUUCAAUCUGAGAUCAGUGGGUGAGAUGAAGGGGAGACUACAUGCAUUGAAUGUGAAAAUGCGGCGAGUGUGCAGUGAUGUCCGGAUUUUGACGGGUUCGUACGAUGUUCAAGAUAUGUUUAGUAAACUUCCGCAUAGUACGAUUGAGCGGGCUGUUGAAUGGAGUGUGUGGUCGCAUAGGUCACGUGGGAGAUCCGGGGUGUUUGUGAAAAGAAGAGGGAGGGGAUGGAAACUCAGCCGGUGUGAUUCCGUUGAGGGAUAUGCCUUUUUGAGUUUCGAUGUGAUCCAGCAGUUUGUCUCAUUCGAAUUGGAACUCUGCUUCACGGUGGCGAGUGGGUACAUUGUGCAACAGUUGGUUGGCAUACCCAUGGGAAAGUCCUCUAGUCCGCCUCUUGCAUGCUUGAUGUGCUCGAAGGCGGAAUGGGACUUUAUGAUCACAUUGGGGAAUCAGCGGAGAUUGAUAGGAGGGUUGCGAUUUGUUGACGACGCCUCUGUAUUCGUGGCAUACAAUGCCCGGAAACCCGACUCGAAGGUGCGGGCUGAAGCGAUUCUGGCAAAAUUUGAGAGGUGCUAUGAUGAAGCACUGACACUGAAGAAAACAGACACGAGUGAAGGUUGCUGGGAGUUCCUGGGAUGUAAACUCAACAUGCAGGAGAACUUCCCUUACCUUGGUUGUUGCCAGAAGCUGAAGAAUGAAAGGGAAUUGAGGAUGGGUCUUGAAUUGACCUUCCGCACUUUCCAGGACUUUGAGUCAUGGACCAGUAAGAAGGCUAAGUUGGCGGUCAUAGUCAGCGCGCUGCAUCGCAUAGAUCAGAACUCUAUGGAAACCCCUGAUAUGAUCGGUGCUCUGAUCCUUCUUCGGAUGGAACUACGGAGAAGAAGGUACCCAGACUCUUAUUUUGAUCGAGCUAUUAAGAGUUUUGCUCGUGAUAAGAGCAACCUCUGGAAGCUGUUGGCCGAACUUCUGACCAGCGCGCCGGAGUAGAUUGGGUUUUGUCUCCGAUCU